AGCUCUGACAUGGCACUUUCAGCACUGGCCUAUUGUCUACCUCGGCUUGCGGGAUCCCUGAAUAAUAGCAACCGUGAAGCAUGCCAUUGUGUCGCCCACCAUUCUUCCUCUUGUAAAUCAUCAUGGCGCCGGCCGCGAAGAAACCAGCUGGACAGAUUGUUCAAGCUGAGGUCGUUCUACAACACACUCUCAAGAAUUGUCUUGUCAACCUUCCCGCAUCAUUAGUUUCCGUCCUCGUCAACGCAAAUGCCAUUGCACAGAAUGUCAUAGUAGAGCUUCUCUAUCGCCAACCACCCCCCUCCGGCGUUUCUGAAUCCAGGAGUCCCUCGGCCCAGAAAUCGGUGUUCUUAGGAUGGACGGGGAUGCAAAGCAAGCGCAGACUUGCACCUGUUGUAGGUCGAGAUGGACUGAGCGGUACCCGAGGAGGGCCGUCUGGAAGAGAUCAAGAUAUUCAAUGCGUCGAAGUGGAUGCGACCUUCGCGCGUUUGAUAGGGCUUAAUGAGGGGCACAAGGUGGGAAUAGCAUUACAUUUGGAUCCACCGCAAGCGCAUACGAUCAAUAUUGAACCUCUUACGCCUGUGGAUUGGGAGAUGAUUGAGUUGCAUGCUCAAUUCCUAGAAUUGAACUUUCAGUCUCAGAUUCGCGCGCUGCCAAAUCCCCAGGCUGGCUCUCCACACCCUCUGACGCUCCACCUGUCUCCUACGACUACCGCCAACAUCACUGUAACCUCGGUUACACCUCCGCCCGCAACGAUGUCCCCUUUUGUCAAGCUAGCGCCCGAUGCAGAGGUUAUCGUAGCCCCCAAAACACGGCAAAAACAAGUCAGUAGCUCCGGCAAGGAAAGUCGAAGUGUUGGUGGAGCUUCAAGAAAAAGCGGGAAGAGUACUGCCAGCACUGUCAGACGACGCAGUGGCAAAGAUGAAAACCCAAGACGGGGAGCAGUUUUCCUUCGCGGUGUUGACCGCAGUAUUGCUACAGAAUGGUUCGACGAAGAGGAGGAGAGUAAUGCCGAGGGCCUUAAGGUUUGGGUGGACAAAGACCUUCUCCUUACGAAGGCUCUUCGUGGUGUCACUUGGGUGUCCGUUGCGAUCAUCAAACCAGCCGGAUUGCAGGAGCCAGUGGACAUGUCGAAAGAGCAGGAUCAAGAAAAAUCUGCUGUACAGGUCGUCGCUAAAUUGGGUGUCUGGGACGAUGCCCCAGACAGUCGUCAUGUUGCACUUUCCGCGGAUCUUUGUAAAGUGUUAGGGUCACAGGGUUUUGUAGGUGGGUUAGUCCGCCUCGAAGGAGCACCUAGCCAGACCUCGAAACCUCCAACACUGAAGCAGAGCGAUUCGGGCGCAAAAGGAGACGGGAAGUCUUCCUUUGUAAAGACAAUUCGCAUUCUACCAUUUUCAUUGAUUGGUGCCAACGCGAACUCGCAGCUCAAAUUUGGAGGCGAGUCGAAUCAAGAGCGUGAAGAGGCGAUCAAGCGCAUCAAGACAAUAUACGGAAUGCGAAAUGGCUUGUUGGAUGGGCCCGUCUCCGAUGGCAUGGUUCUUCCUGCCCCCAAGGAACCAAUUGCUGGCUGGCAAGGUGGCAUCCUCCGAUUUGAGCCACCCCAAUCGCAGUCAGGAGUUUCCUGGAUCUUAUUCCCUGAACGCAAACCAACAGUGGAGCUAGGGGCCGAAAUUUCUAAGCCAUCUAAUCUCACAAAAAGCUGGCAGCAAGGCGACCCUUUGCCAGAAACUCCUGCCACAUUGGUCGGAAUCGACUCUUUGCUAAAGCAAUUGAGGUCUCAUCUGACUCACAAUUCCUCUGUACUACUAUCAGGUGGGCUAGGUGCAGGCAAGUCGGCAUGUGCUCAGCUUAUAGCACACCAACUGCGAACAGAAUUUCUCUUCAACACGAUCUAUUUCCCCUGUCGCAAGCUGGUCACAGAUGAAACAAGGGUUUCCACCAUCAAAGAGACCCUCAAUCGCCUGUUCGCUUCCGCCUCCUGGGGUGCCCGCUCAGGAGGUAAAGCGGUUGUCAUUCUAGAUGACCUGGAUAAACUUUGUCCUGUCGAAACAGAGUUACAGGUUGGGAAUGAGAAUGGCCGCAGUCGUCACGUCAGUGAAUGUAUCAUAUCAAUUGUUCGCCAAUACUGUUCCAUGGAUUCUGGAGUAGUUGUACUAGCUACUGCGCAAGGCAAGGAGUCCCUGAACAAUGUUCUUGUCGGAGGCCACAUCGUUCGAGAGAUUGUCAGCUUGAAAGCCCCGAACAAAGACGGACGCAGAAAGGUACUAGAAAAGCUUGCGCGCCAGGAUGAGAAAUCGCAAUCACCAUCUCAUCAAAAGCUGAAUGGCGCUUCUACUGGACAUGCAUUCCCCCCCUCGCCAUCCUCGAGUCGACCGAGCACAAGCCAUCGAAGUCAGCCAAGCGGAGGUAGCAUUCAGCACGAUCUCGAUGCUGAUGAAGAUGGAUUUAUUGUCGAUAGCGCGAUUGACUUUCUAGACCUUGCUGGGCACACUGAUGGCUACAUGCCUGGCGACCUUGUCUUACUGACGUCGCGUGCUCGUAAUGAAGCGUUGAUUCGAUCUGUUGGCGAGUCCUCUAACUCAUCCACGGUCUACCUAACCAAAGACGACUAUACUUCAGCCCUUUCGGGCUUUACCCCAGCAUCCCUCCGCAACGUUACCUUACAAUCAUCAACGACGACUUGGGCCUCCAUUGGAGGUCUCACAGAGACUCGGCAGAUUCUUCUCGAAACCCUUCAGUACCCCACGACAUAUGCGCCUAUCUUCGCCCAAUGUCCUUUACGCCUUCGUUCCGGUCUUCUCCUUUAUGGCUAUCCUGGAUGCGGCAAGACUCUACUUGCUUCGGCUGUGGCAGGUGAAUGUGGUUUGAACUUCAUAUCUGUGAAAGGUCCAGAGAUUUUGAACAAAUACAUCGGUGCCUCCGAGAAGUCGGUGCGUGACCUAUUCGAGCGCGCCGAAGCAGCUCGGCCAUGCGUGCUCUUCUUCGAUGAAUUCGACAGUAUCGCACCGAAACGUGGCCACGAUUCUACCGGUGUCACGGAUCGUGUGGUCAAUCAGUUACUCACCCAAAUGGAUGGUGCCGAGGGCUUGAGUGGUGUCUAUGUCCUCGCCGCCACCAGCCGGCCGGAUCUCAUCGAUCCUGCGCUUCUUCGACCUGGCCGUUUGGACAAGAGUCUAAUCUGCGACAUGCCAGAUCUAGAAGAGCGCAUAGAUAUACUCAAAGCUGUCACAGCAAAGGUAAAUCUCGCACCAUCUUUGAUGGACACAAGCGACGCAGGCCAGAAUUUACGAGCAAUCGCCCGGCGGACGGAGGGAUUUUCAGGCGCCGAUAUCCAAGCAGUUGUAUAUAAUGCACAGCUCGAAGCUAUCCACGAUGUUCUGGGAGAUAUCGAGUUCGAGGACCCUACGAAGAGCGGUUCAAAGAAGAAAGAUGAAUCGAAUGGCCACAGCAAUUCGAGCAAAGAAAGCCGUAUCCCUAGCUUCACUCAUUUCCGCUACGGCGACGACUUGGAUAAGCCUACAUCUGAAAAGCCCAUUCCUUCGUCCGCACUCAGCGAGCGCGCGUUGAUCGCUCAGAAGAUCGCGGCCCUCCAAGCGGUCCGCAAGAAACAGAAACUGUUGCAACAGCAACAGCGACCUGGCAGUCAAGGCAAGGAGAAUGAAGAAAUCAAAGAGGAGAAGGAGAAUCAAGAACCUGAAAUUCAAUGGAAGCACAUCGAAAGCUCUUUGGCCACUACCAGGAGCUCCAUCUCCACGCAAGAGCGCCGGAGAUUGGAAGGAAUAUACCAAGAAUUCGUCUCUGGCAGAAACGGAGACUUGCCAAACGGACAGGGCGGAACUGAGAUAGGAGGGCGGACUAGCUUAAUGUAGAUUUGGACUGUAUCUGUAUAUUUGAUAGUUUUGAGAAUUGUACUUUUACAUAACAUAUCCAAUGCCAUUCAUGGAUAUAGAAGCGAUUAGACGAACAAAAUUUCACAGGUGAAUCCAGAAAGAAGACGUUUGUGAAUGUUUUGAUUUAUGUCAGAUAAUGCAUUUCCAAAUGCUGCAAUCAAUUCCCGGUCCUGCAAUGAUAGAGUUUUUGCGAAGAAGACUACCCGGAAUACAACAUAUCCAAUGGCGACGCCAUAAUAACGACAAGAUUCAUGCAGGUUUGACGAUUACGUCUGUUCGCCGCCGCCGUUUAGAAUACAAACAACCCCAUCGUCAAUCCGUUCGUUUCCCUCCUAAU